GCUGGGGAACGCCGUUCAAAGUCCACCUCCAUCCCCGCGACCUCCGCACACGCUCUCUCAUAAAGUCUUCACGUCGAUAAAAGCAGUCAAAAGAGAAUCGUCUUGAUCUUCACCAUGUUUCGUGCAGGGCCAUCAACUCUACGUGCAGUGCGUCUCAGCAGGGGACUCGCUACAGUGGUCAUCCAGGACGCCUCAAAACCUCAGUUGAAGACACGACAUGAUUGGUCAAAGCCUGAGAUCAAGGUGAUAUACGACAGCCCCCUGCUCGAUCUCGUGUUCCGCGCGGCUUCGGUGCACAGGCAGUACCAUGAUCCUACGAAGAUCCAGCUUUGUACACUCAUGAACAUCAAGACUGGCGGAUGUACCGAGGACUGCUCAUACUGCUCUCAAUCAUCACGCUACUCGACCCCGACGAAAGCGCAGCGCCUGGUUGACAUCGAACCGGUGCUCGAGGCGGCACGCAAGGCCAAGGAGAACGGCAGCACGCGCUUCUGCAUGGGCGCCGCUUGGCGCGAUCUCGCCGGCCGGAAAAGUGGAUUCGCGCGCAUCCUCACCAUGGUGAGCGAGGUCCGGGCGAUGGGAAUGGAGGUCUGCACGACCUUGGGUAUGCUGUCCCCCGAUCAGGCACGGCAGCUUAAGGAAGCCGGGUUGACGGCCUACAACCAUAACCUAGAUACCUCGCGGGAAUUCUACCCCUCCGUCAUCACUACUCGCUCAUAUGAUGAACGCCUGGAUACGAUAUCCGCCGUCCGCGACGCGGGGAUUAGCGUGUGCUCCGGCGGUAUUUUGGGUCUUGGCGAAUCCAACGAUGACCGCAUCGGCCUCAUCUGGGAGGUGUCGAACAUGCCAGAACACCCCGAGUCCUUCCCUGUCAACGCCCUAGUGCCGAUCCCAGGCACGCCCUUAGAGAAUAAUGAACCCGUGCCCUGGCACACCCUGCUGCGCACCAUUGCCACUGCGCGUAUCGUCCUGCCUAGCACUAUUAUCCGUCUCGCUGCCGGUCGUCAGACGCUUGAUGAGUCAAUGCAGGCGAUGUGUUUCAUGGCCGGUGCAAAUGCGGUCUUCACCGGCGAGCAGAUGUUGACUACGCCCUGUUCACCAUGGGACGAAGAUAAGACUAUGAUGGCACGCUGGGGCUUGAACGGUAUGGGGAGUUUUGAACAGGUCAACGUCGCAAGGAAGGAAGGUGAUGCGCUGACAGGUGGUCCAGUACCGCCGGCUGCGGAUGCUUCUGGUGAGGCACCCCAGGAACGGCUGAUGUGAGCCUCGGCGGUUGUCCCUGCUUCGGUAUAACCCCACCUAGAUCGACAAGCGGUGCUGGUGCCGAUUCUGCGAGACGUGCCAUGGUCCGCGGCCGAGCUGGACUGCCGAGGUGGUGGUAUGUUUUGUUCGCAAUGCCGGCGGUACUCGUGCUUGUCACAUAGACUUGUUUAUCACCACUAUAUCAAACGACUUCUGUCGCUUGC